GAUCGACAAUUCUCCGCAGGUGCCUCUAUUGGAAAUACCUGGGCUGACGGCGAAUUUAUUCAUUUACAUGUAAUUGCUAUCGGCUCUCCACUCUUCGACCCCCCUUUUUCCACCAUGCACAAUAAAAAGCAUCAAGGACAGCUCAACAGCGUUUUUUUAUUUUUUGUUAAGAAAUUAAUGCGGUUUCUUAACAAUUUUUGAAUUGAAUAAUCGCUAGUAAUUAUUAUUGAUUUUUCAUAGUCAAAAACACAUUUCAUAAUUUAAAAAUCGGAACAAACAAACGUAGCCUUUGGCCGUACGUCAAAUGAGUUUGCAUAGCAGAAACUUUUUUCUAAAUGAGCUUGGAAAGUUUAAAGAAGCUUUAAUAGAGAGGCUUGCCAGUAAUUAAAAUGAUUAUCGUAUUCGUCCAGAGUUGAAAAAAAUAAUAAUGACUCAGUUUUGUGGAAAAACUUAUUUGAUUGUUUUUGUUUCAGGAAAAGGCCGAACGAGACUUAGUAAUACUUCGUCGAAUUUAGUACUCACGUGUACGUUGAGAAAAAAUCUUCAUGUUCAACUAGAAGAAGAUGAACACGAAUCAUUCGUACUAUCUCCGACUUCCAGUCAAGCAGGUGAAGUUGAUCCGGAUUCGUUUACUGCCGACGAUAACCGAGAAACGUGGGGUUCAAAUACGGAUUUCCUAUUGUCUAUUAUAGGUUUUGCUGUGGAUUUGGCUAAUAUAUGGCGGUUUCCUUAUUUGUGCUACAAAAAUGGAGGAGGUGCGUUUUUAAUACCAUACUCCCUUAUGUUAGUGUUCGGAGCCGUGCCACUUUUUUAUAUGGAAUUAAUAUUAGGACAAUUCAAUCGGCAGGGACCGGUCAGUUUAUGGAGAAUAUGUCCUUUAUUCAAGGGGGUUGGAUUCUGCGCAGUUUUGGUAGCAUUCUAUGUUUCAUUCUACUACAAUGUAAUAUUGGCUUGGGCGCUCUAUUAUCUAGGUUCGAGCAUAUCAAAGGAGCUACCCUGGAUGCAUUGUAACAACUCUUGGAACACUGAAGAAUGUUGGGAAAUGAAGGCUUCAAACGAAACUGAAAAAUCUUUGACAUUGGCCAUAAACGAAACUUCUGGUCAUAGUAAACAUACUCCAGCUUUCGAGUUUUUCCACCGAGCUGUCUUGGAAAUGCAAUGGAGCGAUGGUCUGCACGAAAUGGGCUACCCCAAAUGGCAACUGGUAGUUUGUUUGAUAAUGAUUUAUUCUUUAUUGUAUAUGUCCUUGUUUAAAGGUGUAAAAUCUUCAGGUAAAGUUGUAUGGGUAACAGCGACAAUGCCUUACGUUGUACUGAGUAUUUUAUUGGUAAGAGGCCUAAUGUUACCAGGAGCUCUUGGUGGUAUUUCAUAUUACCUUAAACCAGAGCUUUCAAAGUUGAAAGAGACGCAGGUGUGGGUAGAUGCGGCGGUGCAAAUAUUUUAUUCUGUCGGUGCUGGUUUUGGUGUACACUUGUCUUAUGCUAGUUAUAAUACUUUUCAUAAUAAUUGCUACAGGGAUUGCAUUAUUACUACUAUAGUCAACUGUUUCACAAGCUUUUUUUCUGGAUUUGUCAUAUUCACGUAUUUGGGGUACAUGUCGCACAAGCAAGGAGUAGAUAUUAAAUAUGUUGCUACCGAAGGUCCUGGUUUAGUAUUUCAAGUAUAUCCAGAAGCAGUGGCUACCCUUCCAGGAUCACAUAUAUGGUCUGUUUUGUUCUUUUUCAUGUUGAUUAUGUUGGGGGUUGAUUCUGCGAUGGGUGGUUUAGAAUGUGUAAUUACAGGCCUAAUGGACGAAUUUUCAGUGUUCUUUAGAGAGAAAAAAUAUGCCAGAGAAAUUUUUACUUUUGUGGUGAUAAUGAUGUCGUUUUCUGUGGCUUUAAUCAACGUUACACCGGGAGGAAUAUACAUGUUCCACUUAUUCGAUACCUACUCAGCAGGAAUUUCUUUGCUUUGUUCUGCUCUGUUUGAAGCAAUUGCUGUAUCAUGGUUUUACGGACUGGACAGAUUGACUCAAGAUGUUGAGGCAAUGUUGGGCAUCAGACCAGGCAUUUACUGGAGAAUUUGUUGGAAAUUUAUAAGUCCCAGCUUUAUUGUGUGCGUGGUGAUGUUUGGUCUCCUCUACCAUCAACCACUAGUCUACAACGACUAUUUAUAUCCAGGCUGGGCCGAAUGGGUUGGAUGGUCCCUGGCAUUAUCUUCAAUAAUGAUGAUCCCAUUAUGGGCCAUCAUACAAUUAUGUAAAACUCCUGGAACAUUUAAGGAAAGAGUGGCUAUCUCAAUAUCGCCCAUAGAAGAGCAUGAAGAUAUUCGAAGAAGUAAGCUAGUGAGAAGAUUCAAAGCUAAACAUUGGUUAUAUGUGUAAAUAAUGUGUAGAUUGAGGAAAAAAAUGUCUUUUAUACAUUGCUAAAUGCCGAGCCUAUAGUAUAUUAAUUAACUAUACAUUUAUCAAGUGAAAAAAAAAAUUGUAAAAAUCCUAAUAACGAGGCAAUGUAGUGAAUUAAAAUUAGUUUGUAGUUUUCGCUCAGAGAUUAUUGAUGUAUGUAUUUGAUAGGCGAUCUCAUAUUUGUAAUAGCAAAAUAUUUAUUAAUUGUGAGGGGUAAGAGAAAAAUACACUGGCGAACAAAAAAGUCAGGUCACAAUGGAAGGUAUGAUGUUUUUUUUGGAAAAACCAACGUUUUGUUUGAUUCUUUAGUUCCCAGUAUCAGUAAUUAGUGUAAAAAUGGUGGACCAAUAGUCGCCCUCCUACAUAAUCCAGAAGCCUGAAACCCUUUUUCUAAUAAGUAAUCUUGUAGUCUUACACUGUUCCUGAUUUCCUUGAUAUAAUUCUAAAUGCAGUAAUACUCGCAUCAAUGCUUGUUGAAACUACCUUGGAAUCAAUAGGUUUUAGAUCGUAUAAAAUAGGCUGAAAAGACAAAUGGGCAUAUGGAUCUCUUUAUGUCUAAUAAGCCCACUGACAGAUACCGAAUCUUAGAAAAGAAGCGUCUACUUAUCCAUUGAUGCCAAAUUAUUUGAGCUGAGGUGACCCCAAUUUGCCAGUGUAUGUUGAAUAUAAGUACCUACCUAAGUAAGAAAACUCUGUAUAUUUUUAUGGAAGUGUAAAUAAUUACAUAAUUAUUUUUAAAAAUAUUCAACCUCCUAUGCCUUCGGUGUUGAAUAUUUAAAAAAAUUAAACGAAUAGGUAUUAUAUUUUUUAAGAAAAAAAAUACUAUUUGUAAUAACUAAUAAAUGUAACAAGAGAGCUUGUGAAAUAAAUGUAAACUAGUUGAUU